UCCUCCCCGCACACAAAGUCAACAAGAGCAGCUCCGAAAGGGACCUUCCUUCCCAGCUUCCUCACCUCGCGUCUCGUAACGCAAUGGCUUCGGCCCAGGGCAAGACCGUGAUCGUCACGGGCGCCGGCGGCGGUCUCGGAAAGGCCAUCGCGGCCGCUUUCCUCGCCGCCGGUGCCAACGUGGCCAUCUGCGACGUCCUGCCACAGCGCAUCGCCGACGUCAUCAGUGAGUGGUCGGAGCCGUACGGCGACAGGUUCAUCACCCGGCCCGUGGACGUCACGGACGCGGCUGCCGUCCAGGGGCUUAUCGACGACACCGUCGCCGCCUACGGCCGUCUGGACGUCCUCGUCAACGCGGCCGGGGUCAUGGACGGCUUCGAGCCGGCUGGCGAUCUCCCCAAGGAGAAGUGGGAUCGCGUGCUCAACAUCAACCUGACGGGUCCCUUCCUCACCACCAAGGCCGCCAUCGCCCAGUUCGAGAAGCAGGAGGGCUCAUACGGCGUCAUCAUCAACAUUGGCUCUGUCGCCAGCGUGCACGGCUUCAAGAGCGGCGCCGCCUACGCCGUGUCCAAGGCCGGCCUCAUGGCCUUGACCAAGAACACGGCCGGCUACUACGGCGACAAGGGCAUCUACAGCAUCGGGCUGAUGCUCGGCGGUAUGUCAUAAACCCGGUUCCCCACGGUCCGGAGUGGGGGGGAAGGUUAAGACUAACCAUAUCAUCCUCCCCAGCCAUGGACACCAACAUCACGGAUGCCUUCGUCCACGGGAUGCACACCGAGAUGUACAAGAAGAUCCAGGCCUCGCAGACCCCUUUCCGUCCGGAUCUCCAGAUACCUCUCGAAUCGGUGGCCAAGUACUGCGUCUUCCUUACCGACAAGGACAUCGCGCCUAGUGCCAACGGCUCAUGGAUUCCAUUCAAUAAGAACUGGCCCGAGGCGUGAGCUCGUCGACUUGAGAAGCGGAGAAAAGGAGGUUUGCGAGUCAACUUCAGGGGGGCCAGUGAAUUAAUAAUACAAGCAUCUCCUCGCCCCGGCCAGCGACCCACUGUUUGUCCACUUGUUAUACGAAUUCACGACAAGUAUUUGAUUCUUUCGAGUCUGAGAAAUGUGCUUCCGGGAUGAAUUGCCAUGUUCCACCAAUGGCUGAAACCCUUGGGCAACCGCAACCCGGGGCAUCCCGUUUUCCCUGCUUCUCUCAGCAAUAUAAACAGAUGGCAUCUCGGAGAUGACAGCUCAACAUGGCCAAUCAUGAUGACUGCAACUAUUUCGCUCUUCAAUACCCUGCAUCGAUGCAUUUCCCCAAAACAUUAUCAUCCCUGGUUGCAUCUACAG